AUGUACAGAGGUAGAGGCUCAGGAGGAUAUCGUGGUGGACGAGGUGGGUACCAGAGAAGCAACGGUGCCGGUGCUGACGGGAUGGAGAUUGAAGGUGGUGUGCGCAAUAACGGUGCUGGUAAUGGUGGAAGAAUAACAGGACCAGGUGAACAGUUGAAUCAAUUGGCAAAUCAAGCUGUGCAGCAGAACUCUGUGCCCGUUGAAGUUAGAGGAUGGCAAGGUGGAUCUAAGGAUGAUUUGGUUUCAUUCAUUUCUAGAAAGACUAGAAUACCUUUACUUAAUGCUGUUAUUGAAGGUGAUGCUAUAAAAGGUUUUGUGAAAACUAAUAGAGAUGCUGAAGAUUUGAAAAAAUGGAGUGGUGUUAGAUUUGCUGGUAAUGCUUUAAAGAUUGAACUACCUUCCUCGGGUCAACAGGGUAGUGCAAUGGUAUUAUUGAAAGGUUUUUUACAUAGACGUUAUAAUGCCAAUGCCAAAUUAUUAGAUUUAACAAAUAUUUCAAGUGAUGCUGAUUUACAACAAAAUGGUGCAUUCAGUUCAUUAUCUGUUCAAUCUAAAAUGUUCCCAGCUUUAAUGAAAUUAGCUUCAAUGGAAAAUUUUGAUGUGGAAAGUGUAAAUUUAUCAGAAAAUAAUUUAGAUGAUAUUUCAGGUAUUACAACAUUAGCUCAAACUUUCCCCAAUUUAAAAAAUUUAGCAUUAACAAAUAAUAAAAUUUCAAAAUUAAGAUCAUUUGAAAUUUGGAAAAACAAAUUUAAAAAUUUAAGAGAAUUAAUUAUUGCAGGUAAUCCAGUUACAACUGAUCCACAAUAUAAACCAACAAUUGCUAAAGUUUUCCCAAGAUUAGUUAUAUUAGAUGGAAUUAUGAUUCGUGACGAGGGGAAAUUACAAUUAAUUUAUCAAUUACCAAUCCUUAAAAAGCAAUUCUUUUUUGAAGAUUCAGAAAUUCAAACUUUAUCAACACAAUUUGUUUCAAAUUUUUUACAAUUUUGGGAUAGUGAUCGUACGCAAUUAUUACAAUUAUAUUCACCACAAUCACAAUUCUCAAUUUCUGUUGAUUCAAGUGUUCCAAAUGAUUCUAAUGCAAGUCAAAUUUCAUUUGGUUAUUAUAUUCCAAUUUCAAGAAAUUUAUCAAGAGUUUCAUCAGAACGUACAAGACAACAAAGAUUAGGUACAGGACCUGAAUCAAUUUUAAAACUUUUCCAAAAUAUCCCCAAGACAAAACAUUCAUUAACUUCAAAUCCAGAAUUAUAUUCAAUGGAAGCAUGGAGAUUUCCUCAAGUUAAUGGAUUUAUAAUAUCUUUACAUGGUGAAUUUGAAGAAGUUGGACAUCCAGCAACCGAUGCAAAUCAACAUUCAAACAGUUCCAGUUCUGGAAGAGGUGGUAGACGUGGUGCAAUGACUAAUAGUUCAACAAAUAGAUUAACCAAAAAAUCAUUUGAUAGAGAAUUUGUUGUUGUUCCAGCUAAUGGAUCAUUAAUUAUUGCAUCCGAUUUAUUAAUAAUUAGACCAUGGUCAAAUCAUCAAUCAUUUGUGGAAACUACUAUAACACCACCACCAACUGGUGAACAACAACCAAUCCCACCACAAUCACAAGGUUCAAUACCAGGAUCUUCACAAGCACAAAUCCCACCAUCAUCAUCACAACAACAGGCACCUUCUGUAUUACCAACUUCACAACAACAAGCACAACAAAUUGGAUCUAUUCCACAAGAAUUAUCACAUUUAUCACCAACUCAACAAGAAUUUGUUAUGAAAGUUAUUCAAGAUACAAAAUUAAAUUUACAAUUUAGUUUAUUAUUAUCAGAACAAAGUUCAUGGAAUUAUGAAAUAGCUAUAAAUGGAUUUAAAGAAUCUCAUCAACAAGGUCAAAUCCCACCUGAAGCAUUCAUGUAA